UAGUUUCAUUGUAUACUGAUGCUUGCAUCUCUCUCUUAUUAGGUCUCUCUUUCAGUAAUGCUUACUGCAGUUGGGGUCAUCAUUGCAGCAAUAGGAGAUUUUUCUUUUGACAUAGUUGGAUAUAGUAUGGCCCUUAUUUCUGUUUUUUUCCAGACCAUGUAUCUGGUACUGGUGGAGAGAUCUGGGGCACAGGAUGGACUUUCAUCAGUUGAAAUUAUGUUUUAUAAUGGUUUUCUGUCAUUUCCGUUUCUGCUUUUUCUUAUCGUUGCCACUGGAGAGUUUCCAAAUUCUUUAACACUAUUGUUUGCGAAGCAGGCUAAUUCUUCGUCAUUUUUAGUUAUUGCUAUUCUUUCGUUGGUGAUGGGUAUUGUUCUCAACUUCACCAUGUUCUGGUGCACCAUAGUCAACUCAGCUCUCACUACAACCAUUGUCGGAGUACUUAAAGGCGUGGGAUCAACGACCUUUGGGUUUAUAUUGCUUGGUGGUGUACCAGUCCAUGCCCUAAAUGUAACUGGAUUAGUCAUCAACACGGCUGGUGGCAUAUGGUAUUCAUAUGCCAAAUACCAGCAGAAGAAGAAGAAAAUCUUAAAAGUUGCAGUUGAUGCAGAGGCUCAUCACAAGUGAAACUGAUGACAGAAUUUCAGGAGUUCAGUGACAGCGGCAUGGAAUUUGCUAAGCAUUACAGUCAACUACACAAGAUAACUGGUUAGGCCAUCAUUGCUAGAGUAAUGUCCAUUCAGAAAUGAUUAUAAUUACAACUUUGUAGUUUCUGGAAUUUAAAUUAAAUUCUGAGUCCUUAAAAAAAUUGAAACAUGUUACUCGUGGAAAAAUGUUUUAAGUUAUCAUGUCAGAAGAACAUGGUUUCUUGCACUA